CUCUUUUCUUCUACGCCAUUUCCGCGGUUACACUACAAUAGUGACAAACCAUGACAACGAGCAGCAAUAAUCUCAGAAUCGGGCACUAGAACGUACGAGAGCUCGAGUGACACAUCGACGGGAUAAAGCACAUGCUGCAUAGAAAAUACUAACACCUUUUUGGGAUCAGCAAAAUAAAACUUAAAACUGCUCCAACUAGUUCUGUUAAAAUACCCGGUUACAAUUUCAUACGACAUUCGCUGCAGGGUGCAAGAGGGCAUGGAACGAAGGUGUUGGUUAGAAAGAUCAGCUCUAUCGGCUUACGAAAAAAAAGGAAAAUUGUAUUUUUCAUUUAAUGACCCAAUUGCAUAACGCUUGGAGUAUCUGAUUGUCAAGUCAAGCAUCAACAACUAUGACAUAGAUUUGCUGGAACUAAACAUCGACAGGGCGUAUAUCGUUAGUGAUUUUAAUAUCAACGUCACUCAGAUGUCCUACAACAUUGCAGCUGUUGGAAGGCUUCAUGAUAUUAACUUUGCUGUUCUGAACAUGCUCGGAUUACGGAUACCACCGCCACUACCAUCGAUCUUUUGGGGACUGAUUCUCCAUAAUCAAUUAUAAAGUCUACGACGGCACUGGGUAGCUCCAUCUCGGAUCAUGAGAUCAUCUACCUUAUUGCUAGUAUGCGCAUAUUGCACCUCUUCAUCGAUCACCUGCUUGAAGCGCCGGAAAACGAUUCAACUAAACAAAAACUUUCAGCGCUACUAAACAUUUCCAGCGUCGGCGAUGAACUUACCUUCACCCUCAAACAGGUGGACACCCUACUGCGCCAGUACUGCCUGAACGAAAUCAACGAGACCGAGUUGAAGUCCCACUUCACCCAGCUCAGCCCGGCAACACAACGCACCCUGGUGGACGUGAUCGAGCAACGCAAACCGGAGAUUGCUCAAUUCCUAAUCAACGAAAUCAAUGCAAAAGACAACGUGCUGAUGGAAUCGUUCGAUUGGGACGUCAAGUGGAUCAUGGGCAAUAGUAGCCUGGCCUCGAUACGGCAACAGAUUGUGACGGUCGCCAUAAAUUGUCGAGGGAAGGAUCUGAAACUGAAGACGGUUCGCUUCGAAAUGAAUCGAGAAAGAUUGGAGGAAUUUAUUAGAUUAUUGGAGCAGAGUGAUCAAAUAAAAUGAAAUAAAGGUAUUUUUAUUGGUUUUUAUUGUAAUAA